AUAAAUUCCUUUUUUUCUCUCUCUGUCUAAUCUUUUCACUAGGGUUUUUGUUCUUUCGCAGACACAGCGGCAGCAUAGGCUUCUUCUUCAAACCGAAAAUGGUUAAAGGUCGCCAAGGAGAGCGUGUCAGGCUCUACGUUCGUGGAACCAUUUUGGGCUACAAGAGGUCGAAGUCGAACCAAUAUCCGAACACAUCACUGAUUCAGAUCGAAGGAGUGAACACGAAGGAGGAAGUAGGAUGGUACUGUGGGAAGCGAAUGGCGUAUAUUUACAAGGCGAAAGUGAAGAAAAAUGGGUCUCAUUAUCGUUGCAUUUGGGGUAAAGUAACAAGGCCUCAUGGUAACAGUGGCAUUGUUCGUGCCAAGUUCAAGUCUAACCUCCCUCCCAAAUCGAUGGGUGAUAAAGUGAGAGUUUUUAUGUAUCCCAGCAACAUUUGAGUGAGGCGUUGUAGAUGCUAUAUGGGCAUUGCAAGUGGAUAGGACGAGUCGAGACUGAGUCUUAAUUUAAAGUUAAAUUUUGCUGUUUUGUAUUUGAGAGCUAUACGUUAUUUCUAUGGUGUUAUUCAAAAACUUCUAAUAUUUCUUAGGAUAAUGAUUAUUGUUAAUUCUAAAAUUGAAAUCUUUGUUAUUGAUCCACUAUCAGUGUUUUUGGAUCUUAAAAGUAUGAGAGGCAAUCC